AGGAGAGAGAGAGGAGAGAGAGGAGAGCUUUACCUUCAGUUUUGGAUACGAGACUAAACCGGGAUAGGAUGCACUUGUCUAUUGGUCAGCUUACCGUGUGAUUUUAUUUUUUUUUCACAAUGUGUCGGUAUUGAGAUUCGUUCGUACCACCAAUAGACAUUUUUUUUCUUUUCAUGUUUGUCCUGGAGGAUCAGUGACAGCAGGCUUUAGAUGAGAUCUUAGAUCUAGUGAAUCUAGACUCUAAACUUAGAGCAGUCCGUAGAGAUUAGAGUAGAUUCAGUAAGUCUGAUAACAUCAUCUGGACUAGAUACACUUAAACAUUUUUUCUCAUGCACGCAUGUGUUGCAAAGGUGUUUGAACCAAUGGACAAAGUCUUUAGUAUUUGGAUAUAAUACAGUUUAAGAUUCGUCAACAUACAACUAGAAUUAUUUUGGCCGGUGUUCACACGCUUAAGCAACUAAUUAUAUUCAUACUUUUAUAGCUUAAAUAACUGAAAGAAGGUUUAAUUAUUAGAGGCUUUGGAAACGAAAAUGUGCUAAGAAAAGAUGUUCAUUUGAUUAGCAAGUGAAAUUCAUAUUUUAUAGCUAUCAUAGUAUGGCUAAUACAAGGAUUUAACCCAUUCUUCACGUUUCCAUAAAUUAUUUAAUAAUUGAAGCAUUUCAUUAAAGUUCUCAAGAAAAGUUAUGCAGUGAUAUUACAACACUAGCAGCUAGAGAUGGACUAAAGAUUAAUAAAACAAAAACUUCCAGAGACACAUUUAAGUUUUUCAUGUUGUUCUGACACGGAUUACUGUUGCUGACCAGUGAGUACCAGCUUUGACCAUGGCUGGCGCAAAGCCAGGGGUGCACGUGGUGCAGCUACGCCCCAUAUCUGUUGUGGAGAGUCUGACCAAAGGCAAUAAGUUCAUCAUGUUCACAGAUCGUCUUUUAAGUGUAAAACGUCAUCGUUUUCGUUUCCAGAGCUCACAGAUUGGGACGCCGGUCACCUUGAAAGUGGACGAGAAAGGUCAGAUCCUGUAUUGGCGAGACCAAAACAAGGAAAUGGACUUUCUGGACAUCUCUCUCAUCAAAGACACACGAACUGGAAGUCAAGUCCGGGUUCCCAGGGAUCAUAAACUCCGAGAAUCCCUGCAGAUUGGUCAGAGUGACAUCCAGCUGGAGGACAAGAUUGUCUCAGUGGUUUAUGGCACAGAUAUGGUCAAUCUGGAGACUAUCAACUUUGUGUCCACCAACAAAGAGAUUGCCCAGGAAUGGGUAGAUGAACUUCUGAAAUACUCCAUCAAUCUUUUAGCUCUGAACAGCAGUGCACUGACCUAUCUGGAUAAAUUGUUUACAAGAUUUAGUUUGGUUCUAAAUAAUGAGGGAAAGGUCUCCAUGAAAAAUAUUGUCAAGACUAUAGCCAGCAACAGAGAAGACAGGAAGAAAGUGGAAAAAGCCUUAGAGAGUGUUGGAUUCCAUGCAGGAAAGGGAGAUGCUCUCAACCCACAGAAGUUUACAUUUGAAGGUUUUUUCAAUUUCUAUCGUCACCUGUGUGGCAGGACAGAAGUAGACAAGAUCUUUGAUGAGUUAGGUGCUAAGAAGAAGCCCUAUUUAACAGUGGAACAGUUUUGUGACUUUUUGAACAAGCAGCAGAGAGACCCUCGUCUGAAUGAAAUACUCUACCCAAACUAUUCUCUCAAGCAAGCCGAUCAACUCAUCCACAAGUAUGAGAAUAAAGCUGGGAUGGCACAGAAAGGACAUUUAUCACAAGAUGGAUUUUUGAAAUUUCUUAUGAGCGAGGAUAACAAUCUGAUUCCACCAGACAAGCUGGACAUGAGUGAGGACAUGGACCAGCCCCUGGCUCACUAUUUUAUCAAUUCUUCCCACAAUACAUAUUUAACAGGUCAUCAGUUCACUGGCAAGUCUGCGGUGGAAAUGUACCAUCAAGUCCUUUUGAGUGGCUGCCGAUGUGUGGAGCUGGAUUGCUGGGAUGGCAAAGACUCGGACAUGGAGCCAGUCAUCACUCAUGGAUACACCAUGUGCACUGAGAUCCUGUUUAAGGAUGUGAUUGAAGCGAUUGCCCAGAGUGCAUUUAAAACUUCAGAGUACCCUGUUAUCCUAUCGUUUGAGAACCACUGCAGCCCAAAACAACAAGCCAAAAUGGCCAACUACUGUAGGACUAUAUUUGGAGACAUGUUACUCAUCAAUCCCUUGGACACUCAUCCAUUGAAGCCUGAUGUUCCCUUACCUAGCCCAAACCAGCUCAAGCGUAAGAUCAUCAUCAAGAAUAAGAAAAAACAUUUUCACCGUGAUGAACCUUUUUAUAAACGUUUCUUAGAGAAGAACUCUCGCAAGAACAGAGCUCAGAACAUGUCCAAGAGAGUCAGAACAAAGCAAACCAAUUCAAUGGCUGGUGGGGAGGGACUGGCCAAAGUCAGGCUGAGUGAAGUGGAGGAGGACGUGGAGCUCAGCACCCCAGUGCCAGAGCCCUCAGAGCCCCACUCAGAAGAGAGUGUACUUGAUCCAUCCGUCAGUCUACCAGUUCCUGAGCCCAAAUCUCCCAGCAGGAUAGCCCUGGAGAAAAACUUGUCCAUUUCUAGUGAAGGUACAACUGAAACAACAGAGCUUCCAAAAGAAGCAGACGAUGCAUUUGACAGUGAGUCAGAAUCCAGUGACAGCGAUGACGAUGAUGAAACUGUUCCAGAUGUUGAAAAGGAGAGCAAUAAAAAGAAACAGAAGAAAAUUUUAACAGAAGAAGAAAAGAAGAGGCGGCAGAGGAUGAAGAAAGAAAAGGGUACUGCAGGCAAGGAAGCCUCUGCUGCUAUGGAGAUGUCUCUUCUGGUCAACUAUAUCCAGCCUGUACAUUUCCAUUCCUUUGAUGCUUCAGAAAAAAGAAAGAGAAGUUAUGAGAUCACGUCGUUUGUAGAAACUCAAGGGACGUCACUUCUGAAGGAAUUCCCUGUUGAAUUUGUCAAUUAUAAUAAACGCCAGAUGAGCAGAAUCUAUCCUCGAGGCACGAGAGUGGAUUCCAGCAACUUUAUGCCGCAAGUGUUUUGGAAUGCUGGCUGUCAGUUGGUGGCCUUAAACUUUCAAACUCUUGAUCUGGCCAUGCAGGUGAACUUGGGUAUAUUUGAAUACAAUGGCAGAACAGGGUACAUUUUGAAACCUGAUUUUAUGAGACGAAGGGAUAGACAUUUUGAUCCUUUUGCUGAGUCUACAGUAGAUGGUAUCAUCGCAGGAACAGUGUCUGUCAAGAUCAUCUCGGCUCAGUUUUUGUCAGACAAAAAGAUCAGUACUUAUGUGGAGGUGGACAUGUACGGACUACCCACAGACACAAUACGUAAAAAGUUUAGGACCAAAAUUGUUCCAAACAAUGGCAUGAACCCAGUCUACGAUGAGGAGCCCUUUGUUUUCAAAAAGGUUGUUCUACCCAAUCUUGCAACAGUCAGAAUAGCUGUCUAUGAUGAGCAGGGUAAAUCUAUGAUUGGACAUCGAAUUCUACCAGUGGAGUCCUUGCGGCCCGGCUACCGUCACAUUCCUUUACGCAAUGAGUGCAAUCAACCGUUGCUAAUGCCCACAUUAUUUGUCCACAUCAUUGUCAAAGAUUAUGUGCCUGAUGGACUGGCAGAGUAUGCCGAAGCUUUGUCUAAUCCUAUUGCUUACCAGUCUGAUUUGGUCAAAAAACAUGCUCAACAACUGGAGAUUUUGUCUGAAGAAUUUGAUGAAGAGACCGCUGAAAGAGAGGCAGAUUUAUUGGAUACUUUUGGUGAUGAUGCAUUAAAACAGUCCAUCAGUCAAUCGUCUGUUGACCCCAUGGCCAGCAUAGGUGGGGCAUCAACACCCGACCAGACUGGGAACAAGCGCCAAAACUCUGUGACCAGCCAGCGGAAUGUGGUUAACAUUAGUCCACUCCCCCCCUCGGACGCCAGUAUGUCCAAGAGAAACAACUCUUUGAACCACAACCCAGUCACUAAACAGGAAAGUUCCCAGUCAGCCAACUCCCAAGGGAGUAGCGGUUCCUCCCAGAUACAGGAGGCAAAGAAAGCAGCUACUGCACCCAUGACACGAAUGUCAUCCACAAUUAUGGGUCAGGAUAAUGGGGCGUCUGCUGCUGUCCAGGUCACCAAACUGUCUGAUACAACCAUACUAAACCCAACACCGCUGUCAGAGUUGAAGACACUGAGAUUAUUCCAGAAAGCAGAAACUAAGCGAGAGAAAGAGCUGGAGGCCCUGAGGCGUAAACAUGAGAGGGCCAGAGAAAUGUUGGAAGAACAGCACCAGAUGUUGCUUGGGAAACUCAUCUCAAAUCAAACCAAAACCAGAAUCUCCAUGGAAAAAAAUCAUUCCAAAGUUUUGAAGAAAGUUGCCAAAGAAGGUAAAAAUGUGGAGCAGAAACAGAAUCAAUUGAAAGGAGAGUUACAGGAGCUGUUGACCAUUCAAGACCUCAAACACCGUGAAAUGAAGGCCAGUCACAGCCGCAGCAUGCUGAAGUUGUGCAAGGAGCACUGCCAGCUUGAGUUGGAGGUCAAGUCACGCCAUCACGAACAUAUUUAUGAUGUCCUGGCCAAAUUAAUGGAGGCCAACCACUCAGGUCAUGCCAAAACCUUAGACGAGAUCCAUGACAGGGAGGUGAAGGAGUUGAAGAACAGAAUGGAUGCCAAAAGUCGAGACCACAUGAAACAGCUUGGGAAAAAGCACAAAGACAAACAGGAGCUAUCUAGAAUCAAACGUGAGGCUCAGCAGAAACAUGUACAAACAGCUGUAACAGAAAGACAAAAGUUGAAAGAUAUUUUGGAUAAACGACAAAGUGAGCUUGAGACCAAGUUGGAUGGCAUUAAAAAAGAAUAUUUAAAAGAAAGAGAUGAGGUUUUGUUGUCGUAUAAAAAAGAAUUUGAAGACAGUAUUCAGAAGUUGGAGGAUGAGUUUGGUUUGUGUGGCGAGGAGGACUUCAAUGAAGAGGACAACCGGGAAGACAUGAACAACUCCUGUGCCGUCCACUCUAACGGGGAGUUGGAGAGAGGUCCUCAUGUCGCCACCAUAACAGUCACCACGCCAAGCAAAGAGAGCAGAUCUUUGGGCGACGAGAACUCGGAGGAGGCUGUGGAAGACGCUGAACUGAUAGAGAAAGUAAACAGUGAAGAACAAUUGACUAAUAUGUGAAGAUGAGACCAGAUCAAAAAACAUUUAAGUUCUUGCUUGUUGAUGUAACUAAUGCAUAGUUUCUGAACAAGUUUCAAAUUACGUUUCAUUUUUCUUUUCUUUUUUUUUUAACAAAUAUUUUCCUAACGGUUGUGACUGUUGCACUAUUAAUUGUUCUUAACAAUGUUGAGUGUCACCAAAAUGCAUCAACUAAAACCUGAGGGUAUGCUAGAUGACUACGUCGUGUUGAAACUGCAUUUAUAUAUUUAUUAACUUUUCUAUUUUGUUUAUAGUGUCAACUAUUUCUAGGGCCAAAAUUAAACUUUUUUUUCUUCAACAGGAGAAAUUAGAAACGUCGUAAUGCUAGUUGAGCCUUGCAUCAAACAGGAAGUGAUCAAAGCAGAAGUUCCUUUGUUUUUCUUUAAGUCCAGAAGAUUCACUAACUUAAAAUAGUCAAAUACAGUUUUAAUGUCUCACUCUGAAGGAAAUGUUUCAAACUCUGUGAGAUGUUUAAACUCGGAUCAGAAUGUGAUACAAAACCUAUGCAAUCUUGUUACAUUAUUUUUCAGAUUUUUCUAAUCAACAAAAUAUUUUUUGUUUUCAAAUUGAUGACCGAGUGACCUAUUUUAAUUUAGAUCCCAAGUAAAAUAACGAAAUUCUAAAGCUCAUCAGUUUUUUUAACAUCAUUAAAAGUAAAAAAAUUUUGCCUCUAAGUAUUUCACCAUUUCCCUAAUUGUUACCAUGACGAUACGAAUUUGAUUUCUUUUGUACAUUGGUAAAAGUAUCUUUUAAAAAGUGUUAUUUACAAGAUUAAUGGGAGAAUGCAAUACUUCAUUUGAUGUACACCAUCACUAUUCAAGCUGAUAUAUUAUGAGAGAAUGCAAUGAUCAAACCAAUCGAUGUUAUAUUUACAGUUUUCUUUUGUAAUAUUUGAUGGAAGAAUGCAAUAGUUUUUGAUGUCAUCUCUAAACUUUUAAGUGUUGGACUCAUGCAGACCUCCAACUGUUUGAUCUAGUGUCGUCAUCACUGUACAGACCUUGUGAUGUGUUUAUCUCUUCAGUCAUUCCAAUCUUUUUUUUUUUCUUCAAUAUUUCUUUCUAUUCCCUGACGUAUUGACAACACACAGAAUCUAUUAUGCAUUCAACUCUUAUUGUUUCAUGUACAUGUUUCAUUCUUGAGAGUCCCUUUUUAAGAAGACAUUGUUUUGAUUUUUGUUUAAAUAUAUCAUUAAAUGUUAUUUCAUUUUUUGAGCCUGUUAGUGAAUUGAAAUAUUUUUUUUUUACAUUUCAUUGUUUGUGAUAUAAUGAAGUUGUUAUUGGCCUGACAAGUUACUUGUUUUCUUUCAUGAGUUUUACCAAGAGUUUUGUUAAUGGCAUUUCACAUAAAGUUGUAUUUAUUCAUUUAUUUUAUUUUGUUUUUGCUUGAGGAGAUUGAUGAAGCUGUGAAACAUUUCCGCAGACAUAGACGUCUGAUGUACUUUUCAGAAUGAGCCUCGAGACAUAAGCCUCAAUAUUUUCCCCCACACAUACACACACAAUACACACUUAUUGUUUUGACCGCAGCCUAUGAAAAGGUUAUGAUGCUGUAAUCUGUGAAAACCUAAAUCUUUAAGAAAGUUGAGCUGAGCUUCGCUAUGGGUUGUUGUACCAGAAUUUUUGUUUGCUUUAUCAAAUAAUUCUUCCUAAUCCUCAGUUGGAUUUCACACUUUGAUCAGCAAUAAUCUAUUCAGCUCUUUAGUUCUUCCUAUGCCAACUGGAAACUCUAUAGAUUUACCAUUGUGUGAACAUUCUUUGAGUUAACUUCCCUUGAUGGCCAGAAAUUAAUUCUUUGUAAAAGCCAAAAUGUUUGCCCUCAUUUAUUGUUUGGCCAGAAAUGCUAGGCUUUUUGAAGCUGAAUUUUUGGCCAAGUGUAAGGCCAAAUAUUUUUCCUGAUUUGUGACAUUCUGUUGUGUUCAAAGUUUUGUGUGUACAAUGACCAUGAAAUCUAAUCUCAGAAGUCCUCAGGUUGGUUUAGAUACUCAUUUUGUUCAAGUUGUUCUUUCAGAUUUAUAAUGAACUUUUUUUUUAAACAUGUCAAUGUUUGCAACUACACUGUUGACUUGUUCCAUUUUCUCUCUUCAUUUUUUGUGUUAUUUUAUAUUUAUAUAUUGAAAGACAUUACACCAUUGAAAUGAAUUCAAUAAAUUUCACAUUUAUUACAAA